AUGGCGACCCCAACUGCUACUUCAUCAUGUGGGGCACACGAUCAUGUGGACGACGAGGACUCCGUUGAGAUGGACAUGGCGUUCGACCCGACGCUGGCCUCGUGCUGCAAGCGUGAAGAGCACGAGUACAAAAAGGCCAUGAAGCUGAAGGCAGUUCUUACGGCGCACGAUCCCACGUCCAGCGCAGUGCGAAUGCGUCAGCAGCUCUUUCAGCCACCAUCGACUACUUCACUCGUGCCACCGACUGUGGAUGGGAUUGUGCGUCUAAUUCCACCGGCAUCUGAGUCCGUCGACUCAGACUCUGAUUCUGACUCCGACGACUUGGACGAGGAUGAAAUGGACAUGGAGAUCCUGCUGGCUGCACGACGGAAACAGCUCGAGCAGCAGCUUGAGCAAUCAGCACGAGACGCUGCCGAUGGAUACGGAGUUGUGGUGGACACGAAGCUUGAGCGACUGGUCCACGAGCUGCAGGAUGAACCAGAUGUACCAAGAGUUGUGCUUGUAGUCGACAGUAGCGCCGCUAUGCCGCCAGAAUUCCGAAGUGUCAUGUGUAGCAAAAUGGCUACAGUGGCGAAGAAGUUCCGGGGAACGAAAUUUCACGCAGUGGUAGCAGCAGAACGAGCCGAUGACGAUACGUUGUGCCAAUUGCGACUGCCGUCCAAGUCUUGUUUGGCGGCGUUUCGCCGUGGCGAGCGCGUGGAUUCAAUAGCGUUGGAUCAAACGGUUCUAGUCACACAAGUCGAGGCUCUUUGGGAGACGCGAUAUUUGCCGUGGCUGAGCAAGUGCAACGUAGUCGCCUGCGAACGUGUACAUUCUCCUCCUGCUAAGCAAAGCCAAUCGAGCCGGAGUAGAAAACCUGCGGACGAAAUGGAGUCGGACAUUCGAGGUUUCGACUGCGGCAUGGAGGGCUGUCGACUUCGUUUUAGCUACGAACACGAGCACGUUGGUACGUCUCAACAGACGAAGGACGAAAUCGCAGCGUGGCGCCAGGCGUCUAAGUCAUGUAACCGGUAG